AUGGUCCAAGGUAUGGCCUCUCUAGCUCAGACUAUAUUGAUACCAAUUAUGGUACUUAUGCAGAAAGCAUUCGGACUUGGUAUGAUUGGAUAUUUCGUAACAUUCUCUAUUAUACCCAAAUCGUGUAACACUAAGAUGAUGAUUAUGAUCAGGUUAUCAUCAUCUCCUACUAAGGAGGAUGGUCGUCCGAAUCGUUAUCGAUGGUAUCGUCUACCAAGAUUAUUAUCAACUCUUAGUGUUAUCAAUGAGGAGGAGGAUGAUAAUGACUAA